GAUGUCACAACCUUUUUUUACGGAGUUUUAAGAGAGCAUGAAACUCCGAAUGGCAGGAGGACACCGAAAGAAAGAAAGGCAAGCGGACCUUUUUUUCGUCUCGACACUUCACACACGAACGAAGAACGAGUUUUCGCGUACCCCCAUGUCGCUGACCCAGUGGAGACAGUUCAAUUUCUUUAACAAGCAGCAAGUCAAGGAUCCCGACGACGCUUCACAGUCUCCUUCCAUUUUCCAGAAAUCGGGCCUCACUGUCUUUGCCGCUGGACGUGGCCAUAUUAUUACGGCAGAUAUCCUUUUUAUGACUGCAAAAGUGCAAACAUGACAUGAAUGGCUACUACCCACCUAUAUAGUAUAUAACUCGCACGUAGACAUAUUAUCUUUAACUACCGCUCUGCCUAUUG